CCUACCUUAACCUCGAGUGGGGCGAAGAGGAAUAGCUGUUUUCGAGCUCCCCUGUUAUCUUCCGAGGUUUUCCUAGAAACGCUUCAAACAGAAAUACCUACCGUUUUUCAGGGUUAUUCUAGUUUGUCACAAGACGUCUAGGACCACAUUUUGUUUUCUACCGAAAUUUCGACGAUUAUACAAGUAACGUCAGUCAAAAUGGUCACCACGUGCACGUGAUGUGCGAGAGACGCAGCGAGAGGUUGAUGAUGGUCAAGAACGAAGAUGGUGAUGUUUUUCGUUUAUACGUAACUGGAUGUCUUGGGUUUACUUCAGAAAUUUUGAUCGGUGGUGACUAGAUCCGUUUUAGUUUUUGUUUUUCUAAUCAACAUCAAGAACGCUUUGGCACUCCCAAAACGACUCUAACUCGUGUUUUUAAAUACAGAUCGGUAUGAUUCAACUUUCAAAAAUCAAUCGCUUCCUUGUCGUUUUUUAAGGUACUGUCUGUAUAGUUAUCUCUGUAGAUAUUUAAUAACUGUCAAUAUUUAAAAAAAAGGGGACGAACACCUCAGAAUGCUCCUUUUAAAGAGUGUUACUACUCAAGUUAGAGUGUUAGUACUUAUGACUUUAUUAAUGAAGAUUGUCGAGCCUUCUAAACCUGAUGGAACACUUCGCGAUAUGAAGAGUAUCAAAGAGCUCAAUAUUUUGAAAGAAUUAAAUAUCAACACCACCUUGCGGGGAGUGAGUGAAACUAGUGGACCUAUAUCCUGGCUACCAUCUUGGCGCUUACAUUCCGGAAUGAACCAUGUUCAGGUUCCAAAGAUAGUUACUAAGCUAUUUUUUCAAAAUUUGAAAGAAUCCUUUUCGGCUUUUUUCGUCUUCAAGCCAAACUUAAAGAGCAUAGCUACACUGCUAAGUAUACAUACACCAGGCAAAACGUCACCCCUGUUAAGUUUGACCAUUAACCCACGAUCAAGAAAACUGGUGUUUUCUUAUGCGGUCCAGAGGUCGUUGGUUUUUCCACAGGUCAGAUUUAAUUUAACAACUAAAGAAAGUGACGGCCUCCAACAAAGUCGUGUUCACAGCCAAGUUGUACACCAGGAUUUCCCAAUAUCUCGAGACCAUCUUCGUGAAUGGAUGUGGUUAAGCGUGUCUGCUAACAGCUCUAACUUGGAGGUCUUUAUCAACUGUCUGAACGAAUCUCAUAGAGAAUUGAAACGAUCGCCGAGUUUUAACUUUCCUGAUGAUUCUCUCAUAUACUUCAGGCAAGAACCAGGAAUGAAAAGAAAAUUUUUGGGGCCAGUUCAGGUGGCGCGUCUAUUCACGACACAACUGACAACUAGGCCUUGGAUCUGUUCAGUAGAAGACACCCCUAUGCUUUCAGACAUAAUGCUUAGGGACCAAACAUCUCCAAAUAGUUGUGAUGUUCAGACUACCAGAUUAAGAGAUGAAGUCCACCAUCUUCAAGAUGUGACACUCACCCUAAGAAAAGAGAAAAGAGAUCUUGUUGGUCGUAUUGAUCAUCUUCUAGAGCUCUGUGUCUGUAAGGCCCAGUGUAUGCAUGAUGGAAAUAUUUAUGUUGAAGGAGAACAGAUUUAUCCAGAUCAAUGUACUGUGUGUGAGUGCCAAGGAGGAAGAGUAAUAUGUAGGAUUUUAACAAAUCGACCUGAAUGUGUAGAUCCUUGCACCUCAAAUCCAUGUAUAAAUGGAGGACACUGUCAUGGAAAACUUGGGAAUAAAAACUUUUCCUGUGAGUGCCCACCAAUGUACACUGGCAAACACUGUGAGUUUCGCAUUAAUUGUUGUAUUUAUCCAAGUACUGAUGGAGGGUGUGUUGAGGAGGAAAUGCGAUGGCACUUCAACAUUGUAAACCAGCAAUGUGAGAAAGUUGUUUAUUCUGGAUGUGGUGUUUCACCCAACAAAUUUUUGACACUCUCAGAAUGUGAAAAUACGUGUAGAUAUGGAGCUUGUUGCUUCAGAAAUAAAGGUCUUCCUAACGUUAUUGAACCAGUAAAGCCUUAUAUGGAAUGCAAGCCACACACAUUUGACGAGUGCCAACGGCUGCAUCUUAAGGAGAUUGAAUAUGAAGUUGUUGCAUUCCAUCCAGGUGUCACUUGCAACGAAGAAGAAUGUAACCCUUUGCCAGUUGGUUUUUGUAUAUUGGGUAAUAUAACUUACCCAAGUGGAGCCAAAAUGAUGUUAGGGUGUGAAGAGUGUGAAUGCAUGAGUGAUGGGUCUGUACGUUGUGGAUGUACAAAGCUUGUUAUUCGAAAGGAGAUGAGGGAUAUGACCAGAGAUGAAAUUAGAAGAUUUCACAAUGCCCUGAAGCUCCUUCGUCUAUCUGGAGUUGAAAAUAUUUGGGAAAAGUUCCGGGACCUUUAUAUGUCUCAUAUCAUGCAUUCCCAUGAUAUCCUGUACUUUUUACCAUGGCAUAGAGUUUUUGUACGUCAGAUGGAACAACAAAUCCAAGAAAUAGAUUGUGGUGUUUUUAUUCCAUAUUUUGAUGUCUCAGUUGAUGCUGGAAACUUUUCCAAUGCUAUUCUCUGGCAACCUAAUUACUUUGGCGGUAAUGGGGAAGGAAGUCAAUAUUGUGUUGUUGAUCACCCUUUCCGAGGAAAUCCUCCAACUUCAUGGUGGCCAUGCUUAAAGCGACAGUUUGAUACCAGAGUAGUAAUACCAAAUAUGGUGGAAAUAGCCCAUGCUCUUGCUGGCAACAGUUUCUUAGAAUUUAGUGAAAGUAUGAUGUCAUUAGCAGUACAGAUUCAUAGUUUUGUUGGUGGGGAUUUGGCAACAGCAGCUGCUGCUUAUGACCCACUGUUCUAUACAGUACAUUCUUAUAUUGAUAUGCUGUAUUGGAAGUGGCAGAAAUUACAUGGUGAUAUUGGAGACAACAGCUAUCCCUUAGAAUAUCUGGACACUCCCAUGGUUCCAUUCAACCUGGCUCCUCAUGAUGUCCUUCAUUCUGAAGAAAGCAUCUGUGUCACGUAUGCUUUACCUUCAGAAGGAAAGCCUUGUAAUGGUUCCUUGGACCACUUCUUUGGACCUGAUGGUUAUGACAUGGAUGGAUAUGACAUGCAAGGGUUUGACAAGGAUGGAUAUGAUAGAGCUGGAUAUGAUAUCAGUGGAUAUAACCGAAGUGGAUAUUAUGAUAAUAGAGACCUUUAUCCUUUUGAUGGUUUUAAUUGGGAAGGAUACAAUCGUCCUGGAUAUGAUAGGAAGGGGUACAAUCGAUAUGGGUAUGACCAAACAGGCAUUGCAUGUUGUGAGGCACAUUCAUUCUGA